AUGCUCCCAUACGAAGGGACACCGCCUCCAGAUGAGCAUCCUACUCUUGGAGUCGAGACAAGCGAGGCUCAAUCAACAGACCCUCUGGAUAGACCGCUGGACGACUACCGAGCUGAAGUUCCAGAUCAUGUAAAGUCUCUGAUGGGUCGAAUGAGUCGAGGAAAAGUGUAUCUGCUGGAAGAGACUCCGGCCAUCAUUCACGUAGAUGGAGAGGAGAGAGUGAGGCGCGAUCCUCGGAUCGCCGAACUUGCAGCUCAGCUCGAUACGCAUGACCCUACUGCCUGGCUUGCUGCUGUGUCGGAAAGUGUUCGGUCCCCUAUUCGCCCAAAUGCCCUAUUCAUCCGCUCCGAUGUGAUCAAGCAUUUAUCUACCUCAAAAGUGUUUUCUUGGACCACAAGUCUCGGCGCAGGCGUCAUGGGGAUCGAGUGGCUAAAUGAUACCACUCUUAUCCUCCUAUUCCCCACCCCGGCCGCCGCAUUGCUCGCUCUGACGCUCUUGUCAAAAGCCGGGUUCGAUCCUACAGAAGGAGAUGAUCCGCUCCUCGAACGAUCAGCUCAUACUGUCCCUAUUCAUCUUCUACCUCAAGCUGAACUCGAUCCAACAGACUCCAAAGCCGGCACAGAGCUUCUCGCUUCAUCUCAACCUGAAGAUUCGUCGGCCCCUCGACGAAGAGGAAGAGGCACUUUUGCCAGCUCGCAAUCUGGUUCUGAUCGACCUUUAUUAGCUUCGGAUGAGAUGGCCAACGAAUGGAACUUGGCACCUGGAGUCGAUGCGAAUGCUCGAAUUACUGUGAGAUUCGCAGUGGAAUCCGAUUCAGAGCUGCGUAGAGAAGCGAAAAUGUCUGAAUGGUAUCAACGCCAUGGGCGAAGAGCUGGGAAAGAGACGGCGACGGGUGCAAGGAGAUCGAUGGGGAGAGAAGACGAUGCUCAGCUUACGUGGCAAGGGAGAGAUUCUGGCGAAGGUCGUGAAUUCGCCAAGCGGAUCAGUAGGGAGAGGAGAGAUCCAUAUUCUCGUCCUUCGGGAAAUGACAGAGCCAGAGGUAGGGGCAGAAGAACAGCGGAGGAUCUCGAUAAAGAACUGGAGGGAUUUGCAAGGCGGCGGAAUGGACAGGAUGGAGACGAGACGAUGGAUCUCGAUGCGGAUUUGAAUGGCUCAGGGGACGGACGAAGGCAGAGAAGGGAUAGAAGAGGAAAAGAAGAUCUGGAUAGUGAAUUGGACAGCAUGUUCGCAGCCCGCAAUCCGGCACCAGCCUGA